GAGAGUUUCCAUUUGACUUCAAGCGACAGCGCCUUCUUCACAGUACUUCAUGUUUUCAUGAGAACCCUUCUUUAUUACCCUGGUGCACCGCGCCUUGUUAACAGCAGCGUCAGAAUCCAUGUCACUAAAAAGGCGCUGUUAGGCGAAUACUAGGGUUACACAUCAGACGGAGGGGCGCAACUCUGUGUCCGGCAAUUCGAUCUGCUCUCACCUCGUCAUAAUCAGCCAGUAGCCAGCGACGGCGAUCAGAGUUCAAGCUUUCUUGCGGAUGAGUCUGCGGUAGCUAGUCCAAUGACUCGCUCGGAACUUCCAUUCUAUAGAUACAUAUCUGGUGACACCUGAAAGCUCUUCAAAACGUCACCCUCUCUAUCCCACUCUUCACGUCCACGUCAAACAUGGCGGCAUAUGGGUCCUAUGGCGAGGGUCCGAACGGCCAACAGAAUGGAAUUAAUGAACAAACCUCACUACUCGCUGGAAAUAGUCUACGCGAAUCUCAUCAUGGAACAAUUUCAUCAGACGCAACGCUCCGAGACGAUGAUCUCUACGAGGACGACAUCGACCCGAACGAGUUCGACAACCUCCUCUCAAGAUCCCAGUCGAUCACAAGCGGCCUAGGAAUCGAGCCAGACUCCCAGGAAAGAGCCAUGCUACGCGGUCCACGACGAUACAGCACAGUACGAGGAGGUUCUCGAGCACCAAGUCAUGUUAGCACUCUACGCCGAAAACAGUCCCACGCGAGCAGUCUUGGCAGUGCUCAUGAAGCUAUCCGAGAAGCAGAGGAAUCAGAGGAUGAGGGACCAAAAUCUCCAUUCCUCGCUGGUGUUAGUGUCUCGACUUUCUGGCUUAUCUUCGGAGGAAUCUUGACUGCUCAGUUUGUGGCAUGCUUUGAUUCAACGAUAAUGGUUUCGUCACAUCCCGUGAUCACAUCAUACUUCCACAGCUCCAAUAGUGCUUCAUGGUUAUCGACCGCAUUUCUGUUGACCUCGACGAGUUUCCAGCCCUUGUUUGGACGGUUGUCGGAUACCAUUGGUAGGAAAUCACCUUAUAUCUUUAGUAUGGCAUUGUUCUUACUUGCUACGAUCUGGUGUGCUCUUGCCCAAAGCAUGACCAGCUUCAUCCUUGCGAGGGCUGUGUGCGGCUUGGGAGCUGGUGGUAUGAUGUCGAUGGGAGCUAUCAUAACUAGUGACCUUGUGCCAAUCGAGAUCCGUGGAGCAUACCAGUCUUAUAUCAACAUCGUUUAUGGAGCUGGCUCGGCUCUAGGAGCCGCUACCGGAGGAGCAAUUGCUGAUAGCUUGGGCUGGCGAUGGGAGUUUGGUGUCCAGGUGCCUCUUUUAGGAGUGGGACUCUGUAUUGCCUAUUUGGCUGUUCCAAGAAAGCUCGGUCUUGCAGAGGGAGCAGAGAGAAGAACUGUUCGUGAAGCGAUAAAAGUGUUCGACUAUCGAGGUUCAAUCCUCUUGACAACAUCCAUUACAUUCCUUAUUCUGGGAAUCAACCUAGGCGGAAACAUCUUCCCAUGGUCACACCCUUUUGUGAUAACCUCGCUUUCCAUCUUUGCUGUCUGCUUCCCGGCGUUCAUAUGGAUUGAAUCUCGAGUAGCACUUCCCAUCAUGCCUCUGGACUUACUCACACGCUACCCUCGCGCUGGUCUUAUAUUAUCCAACUUCCUCGGAGCAAUCAUAAUGAACUCAGUCAUGUUCAAUAUCCCAUUAUACUUCCAAGCCGUCCUACUGGAAAGUGCAACAAGCUCCGGACUCCGGCUUAUCGUUCCAUCACUCGCUUCUUCGUCGAUCGGCACCGCGACCGGCUUUCUCAUUACAUACACCAAGCGUCUUAAAAUCUGGCUUGUACUCGGCCCUGUGUUCUUCAUUAUUGGAACGGUAGCGCUUUCAUUCAUGCAUCGGGGCCUGGUAGACUGGGCAUACCUGCUCUUCCUUGUGCCGCAAAGUAUUGGUCAGGGGUUUAUGUUCCCCGCCACGUUCAUGACAGUUCUAGCUGUGUCAAAACAGGCAGACCAAGCUGUGGUGACCUCGACCUUGAUUCUCUGGAGAUCGAUAGGAUCAGUUUUGGGCGUAGCAACGAGUAGCCUGGUCUUGCAGAAUGCGCUGCUGAUCUACCUCGAGAAGUUCGUUAUUGGGCCGGAUAAAGAAGCUGUCAUUCAGCAAGUCCGAAAGUCAGUUCGAGCUAUCGCUGAUCUCAAACCUAUAUAUCGCGAACAAGUCAUUAGUGCGUACGCGGCUUCACUGAGAGCGACUUUCAUGAUGUCAGCAAUCAUGUCAGUUGCGGCGUUCUGCAUGGUAGUUCCUCUCAAACUUCCCAGACUAGGCCAGAGAAAGUGAUCGGGUAGAAAGAUGUCUUUUGGUGCGGGUCUUAAGAUACAAUACAAAUUGUCAAGCAUGGGUUGCGUGGGAUGUAUUAGCAUUUGGGUGGUGAUUUGAUUUGAGAUCUAGGUGCAAACCAUAAUUUAAGUUAUAGCAUAUAAUUUAACUUGUUUGAAAGUUGAG